UCUUCUCUUCCUCCCUCUGUUUUUAUACUCUGACAAGAAUCAUCAAACAAACAAAUCAGUUCUCUCGCAUAAUUACAGGGUAUAGGUUCUCAGACUCGGAAGUCUCUCUGACUAUUAUUAAGAGAACCCUUCUGUUUAGUAGCAUAUAUAAUUUGUCAGCCAAAGAAACAGAAGAUUAAUGGAGGCUAAGACCCAGAUAUGGGAAGUGAUGCCAUUUAUAGUGAUGGUCAUCAUGGAAGGAUGCACUAUUGGACUAACUAUUUUCGCCAAAAGUGCCUUAACUAAUGGACUGAGUCCUUUUGUGUUCAUUGUAUAUGCUAAUUCUCUGGCCACUUUAAUACUCUUCCUCUUUUCCUUUCUAAUGCACUCUAAUGACAGAUCUCUGCCGCCAACUUUCACUUUUUCCAUGUUUAUGAGAUUCUUGUUCCUGGGUCUUACAGGGAUAACUAUGACUCAGACAUUUUCAUUCCUGGGUCUUAGCUAUAGUUCACCAAUACUUGUAUGUGCAAUGGGUCACUUGAUCCCCUCCUCCAAUUUCCUCCUCUCUCUCAUUCUCAGGAAGAAAUAUGCAAACUUUAGAAGCUCUGCCAUGUUAUUCCAAGUGAUGGGCACUCUGAUUUCAAUAAUGGGAGCAGCUGUGUCUGAGUUCUUCAAGGGCCCACUUAUAAGGCACUCUUCUCACCAACUUCGCCAUGCUAAGCAAUUUUUCGUCUUCUCUUCAGCACCAGAGUUUUGGAUUCUUGGUGGAGUUUUGCUUGCUGCUGCUUCUUUCUCAGUUUCACUUUGGAAUUUUAUGCAGAAGGAAACUGUUAAGCUCUACCCAGAACCAAUGAAGGUUAUCUGUUAUUAUAACUUUCUUGGGACAAUCCUAAGUGCAAUAGUAUCGUUGAUGGUUGAGAGAGACUCAGAUGCGUGGAAGCUAAAACACAAGAUGGAGCUCAUUCUCAUUGUGUUAACUGCUUUAUUUGGGGGUGUGAUUCGCCCCACCAUCCAAGUCUGGUUCACACGCCUGAAGGGUCCAUUUUAUUUUCAAGUGUUCAAACCCUUUGGCAUUGCCUAUGCAACUAUUUGUGGGGUCACUUUCUUUCCAAAUAGCCUUCAUUACGGAAGUGUGGUAGGAGCAACCAUAAUUGGAAUAGGGUAUUAUAGUGUGAUAUGGGGACAGAUCAAGGAAGAUGAAGACAAAAUUGGCUGUGACGAUAGCUCAGAUUCCUUGGACAAGAAAGAGCCUCUGUUGCAAGAAAACAAGGAAAUGGAAGUGUAGACAAAGCUUCAUCAGAAGGCGAGGCCGGGGAAGUCAACUAUUAUCCAGAAGCUUCCUCUCUGUUCCCUUGUUAUUGAAGCCCGGUGCUAGUGUGUAUGGGAUUGUCUUUGAGAUUUCAUCUGAUGUAAAAUGUAAAUAUUUGUAAAAGUUGUAAUUGAAAGUGUCUAUGUGAUUAAAAAUUUGGUCAGCCAGGGGACCAGCCAUCCUUUUGUUUUUUUAUUUGCCCUUCAUCUUGCCUGCUACUAUUUUUUAUUCAGAGCAUCAGAACCCUCAUAUCAGAACUUAGUUCUGCUCUCCACACAGGAUUCAGUUAAUUUGCUCAUUCUCUUACCAAAUUAUAUGUACAUUUGCACAAGUUUCUGUAUGAGAAAUUGCCCAAUUGAGUAUUA